ACCUUGGAAUAUCACGACGAAGUGCUUCGGAACAAGAUAAAAAACUUGGUGUUAGGCGCCAUAAAACGAAUGAAGGUCGAGCAGGAUGACCCCUCUAUCACGUACGAAGCCUUUGUUGAGGAGCUAGAUGAGGGAGAUGCCUUCACGGCGACGUUAGUGGACGUUUUGGUCAAGGAAUUGGCUGAACGCAAACAGCGUCCCAAUCCCGGGGACCGUCGACUCAUCUCAGAAAGGACCGCGAAAAGCCUACGUAUGCAGGCAGCCCCCUUGCAUGUCUACCGCGGCAGUUCUCUGAGAGACCGCGCCCGUCGCAGUGUCCCCCUUCCUCCUCCUCGUCCCUACGGCACCACGUUCCAUGACAUCUUAUCAGACUCCGACGGAGAUGAAGAAUACGGCACCAUGUUGGGCAGUUCUGGACAACUCGAAGGAGCGCAGAUCAAUACGGAUCUAUAC